GCCCCAUACUUCUAAAAAAAUUUUCAGCCACAAAGGUUUGCCAUUUUAAAAAGAUAUUUCCGUGCAUUUUACAGAAAGGAUGUUAAAUUACCGAACAUAAUGUUGAAUUGCUUUCAUCUACAACAUUUGUAUUAUUAUUUGCUAUUCUUUAUAAUUUGCAAGUCUAUGCUUCGAGUUGAGACCCAAACUACUUAAAUAGAACUGAGAAAUACAAUGAUUGUUAUUAGCACUCACACCCUAAAAUUCUAAAAUAAAAAUUUUCGUGCCAACUCGGUAUAAAAGAUUAAUGUUGUUGCUAUAGUGAUAAACUGAUUCGUUGAACCACAAAUAAAAUUUCUGUAGUGUUGUUUUUUCUGUUUUAUAGAAUAUUCAUAAUGAAUAAUUAUUAGGAUAGAAAAUCAAUCGUUGUUUGAUAAAAUUUAGUUCACUGUGGAAAGGUGUUCCGCUUUAUAUGUGUGCUGAGUAAUUAGAGAAGCACAAAUCUAAACAAAAACUUUAGCUGCGAGUAUACUGUCAUGGUUCAAAUGUUAUGCAUAGCCUGUGGAAGCAAGGUGGCUUUCAGAGUAAGAUCUUGUUCUUGUGGUCACGUGUUAGCUGAGAAUUUGAUCGUGCCAGAUGUAUCGUCAUUAUAUUGGAAAUUAAGGAGACAUGCAAACGAUGGCGUGCGAAAACUGACGUCAAAAAUUAGAACGCCUGGAACUCAGUCGAAAUCUGAGAUGCGAAAAUUUUACCUCUCUAAGUACAAAGAGAUACAACAUGCGAAAAAGGUUACAAGCAAGAAAUCAGACACCACUCGAACUGUUAAUAAAAAACGAGAAGGGAUGCUGUUACUUGAAGAAAUGAAAAGAAAACUUUUUACUCUAAUAACAUCGCCACAAUAUCAAGAAAGACUUUCGCUGGCUUUACUAAAAAUAAAUAAAAAACUGCUAUCGCAAAAUCGAUUUUCCGAAAUCAUAAACAACGAGUCGAUAACAUGGCGUGACAUCAAUGGACGUAAAAUGGAGUGCGCGCGCCAACUUCGAAGUCGUUCUAAACGCAAGCUGUUUAGGUCAAGCAACAGAGACAAAUUUGAGUGUUUGUGAUUGCAAAGUCGGACUUAACAAGCGUGAUGGCAAGCUACGACAAAUCGUACACUCUAGUUAAUUUUUCGCAGCUAGAAUUUAAGUGUUUACUUAAGAUUCAAAGAGAGUUCUCUAUUUGUUGAUACAUAUGUAAUUUAAAUGUCCAAAACAAAUACUUUCAAACUAGUCAAUAACCUGUGAAAAUAUUCACAGGUUCUCGCGUCAGCACAAUGAAAAAGUCUGCGUAACGCACAGAAUACGACUAUCGUUAGAAAGAAGAAUGUGUCUUUUUAGAUGUACUGCUGAACUGUCACUUUGUUCACAAGCUUUCUCUCACAUACAUCAAACACACGUAAUUUGGAGUUUUUGGAACACGAGAACACGAUGAAAGUGGUAUACAUGGAAAGAGACGUUAAAUGCAGACAUUGAAGAAAACAUGGUUAGAUCCAAAAUUAAAAAAAGAUAGCUAAAAUGUGUUGUAGUAUAUGUAAUCAAUAAUAUAAUUGAUAUAUGUUUUAUAUAUACUAGUCGUUAGCCCGUGGAAAAAUCCACGGGUUAGCCCGUCCUUUUUAUACCCCAUUGCGUGCGUCUCGCUACUUGCGCAGCUAAGCUACCAUUUUGCGUGACACACAGACGUGUGCGGGUAUUUUAAUAUAGAUAUGUACUAAGAAAUAGAUAUUUAAACAAGAACAAUACUUUAGAAUUCGA